AUGAAGCAAUCUCUACUCCCUCCACCCCAACAUCUACAAUCUUCUCAAGCCAGAAGAACAAUCACUUGCGACCGUUCUCAUCGAGAGUACGACCUCUGCUCCAUUAACGGCCCAACAGUCUUGGACCCAAAAUCCUCAACAUUCUAUCCUGAAAGCCCAACCAAUUCGGCCCAACAUCAUAUCGUAGAAAAAGUAAGGCCCUAUCCACGAAAAUGGGAGAAUUUUACGUUGUCAAAAAUCAAAGAAGUCACUCUCACUUCGGGCCCAAAAAGCCCACCAUGUCAAGUGCGACACAACGCCCCUGCCUUGGUAUUCAGUGCGGGAGGAUACACGGGAAACUUCUUCCAUGAUUUCAAUGACGGAUUCAUCCCACUCUACAUCACCGUCAAUUCUCUCUUCGCCGAUCAAGACGACGUCGUUCUCGUUAUCUCCAAGGCUCGUGAUUGGUGGGUCAGAAAGUACACAGAUUUGUUGCAAACUUUUAGUAAGCAUCCUAUCAUAGACCUUGAUAAAGACAACUCCACACAUUGUUUUACUUCGGCAAAUGUGGGCCUGAUUUCUCAUGGGUUUAUGACCAUAAACCCAACAUUGCUUCCAAAUUCAAAUACCUUCAAACAUUUUCGUUUUUUCUUAGACAAAGCCUAUGGCCAUGGCCAGAAGUCACAAAACCACCACCAGAACCACGGCCUAAACCCUAGAAAAUCACUGCCUAGGCUCGCGCUGGCGAGUCGUAACGGUGCCACCGGACGUGUGAUUUUAAACCAAGACCAAGUACAACAAUUAGCGAAAGAGGUUGGAUUUGAUGUCAUUGUAUUUGAGCCUAAAGGCACGACCUCGUUACGAGAGGCUUAUGGGCUGAUUAAUACAAGUCACGCAUUGGUUGGGGUACAUGGCGCAGCGCUUACACACUCCUUGUUUCUCCGACCGGGCGCGGUGUUUGUUCAAGUGGUGCCGCUAGGAGGUGAAUGGGUGGCGGAGAAUUGCUUCGGGACGUCGGCGAGGGCGAUGGGAUUGGAGUACAUGGAGUACAAAAUUGGGGUGGAGGAGAGUAGUCUCAUAGACAAGUAUAACAGAAGUGAUGCGUUGAUAAAGGACUCCGUUGCUUUACAAAAGAAAGGGUGGUCUAAUGGUAUUAUGGAAAUCUAUUUGAAGGAACAAAAUGUCAAGCUAGAUUUGGUUAGAUUUAGAGAAUAUUUGGAGAGAGCAUACAAGAAGGCCAAAAGAUUCAUGAACAAUGAGGGAUAGUGCGUCCAAAAUUAAUUAGAAGUUGACAGCAAUAAAACAUUUUUUGAGGUUGGUGACUUGGUGGUAAUUAUAUUGAGAUUUUACCAUUGGUUUAAUUUGUAACUUC